AUGCUUGAAAAUACAGCCUUCACAUUUACGCCAGACACGGCAUCAAUCUCAUCGAGGGGAACCUCCAUCUCUGUUGCCACGUCAGACGAAGCCGCCAUCAUUCGUUGCAUAGAGAAUGGAGAGUAUGUGGAUGGACAAGAAAUUGAUGACGAUACCCGCAGUUUGACCUCAAGCGUCCGACAACACAUCGUUGAUGGGGGCCUACGAUACCACGCAUAUCACGCGGGGCAGUACGCCUUCCCCAAUGAUGAGAAUGAACAACACCGAGACAAUCUGAAGCACAUAUUGACGUUGCACUUGUGUGGGGGAAUGUACUUUUUCGCUCCGAUACACGAGCUUCUUCAGAGAGGCGCUUAUGUUCUCGAUCUGGGCACGGGAACUGGCGCAUGGUGCGUAGAAAUGGCGGACCUGUAUCCAAACUCAACUUUUGACGGCAUGGACUUGUCGCCCAUACAACCUGAUUGGGUGCCCCAAAAUGUAUCAUUCAUGGUUGACGAUAUUGAGCACGAGGCAGGGUGGACGUAUGGGGAGAAUGAGCUGGACUACAUUCAUGUUCGACACUUGAUACAUUCUAUCAAGGAUCGAAGAGAGAUGUGGAAGCGAAUUUACAGUCACCUCAAACCAGGUGGGUACGUUGAGGUGCAGGAAUUCAAGUACGCCGCCGCUUGCGAUGACAACUCUUGUGACGGCCCCUAUGCAUGGCGAGACUUUCUGAACUACUUGGCUGCUGGACUAGAGGCUCUUGGAUCGGACCUUUACGGCAUACAAUAUGUCGAAAGGGAGCUUCUCGAAGCCGGGUUCCAGGAGCUCCAUUACCAGGACUUGAAAUGCCCCCUUGGACCUUGGGCCAAACUGUUACGUCUCCAAGAGUUAUGGGUGAACCUCGAAUUAGUGGAUUAA